AUGGAGCCGAAUGAAUCCCCAAUUGUGUCCCCACGCCUGUCCGCACGCAGCGCUACCGCUUCGCGUCAAUCAACGCUUCAGGAAAGCCGAUCUGCUUCCCCUUCGGAAAUGGCACAUGUUCUAUGCACUCCAAAUUUUGUGCGUAAACCCAAAUGGUGGGGUACACAAGGUAAUAUCGACUAUGAUCCGUUCUGUGAGGCGAAAGCUGCGGCCAUUCAAUUCAUACUGUUUGUCAGAGAUGACGUGGAGAUAGAAGAACGCGCAGCAAUUAGGCUUAGAAGUCAACCGAAGAAACGUCGGGAUAUCUUUCGCCGUGUCACACGACGUUUCUCUGCCCUAUCACCAAUUGAUCCGGAUUUGCAACAAUAUGCUCGCGCCGUUGAGUUACAAACGUUCCGACGUGGUCUAUUGAAUACAUUUGAAUUUUUAGCCGAAAAUUCAAAGGGUGGACCGAAAUUCAAUUUACCAAGAGAGACCCAAGUACAAGCUCGGAGCUCCGAGAGUGUAUCUCUGGGUUCUGACGAGUCUCUCAACCGCUUCAAUGGCCAGUUUUGA